UAGUAAGUAUUGCAUCAGCUGAAGUUGUCAACAGGAGUUUUAAUUGUGUUAAAAUGUGCAGUCGUCAAGGAGAGGAUGAGAAUUUAGACGAACCAAUUCGAAAACUGAAACUACAAAACGAUGGUUCUGUCAGACUUUGUGUAAAAUGUCAAGAAAAUGAAGCUAAAUUUGUUAUUCGCCAAAAUGACCCAUUUUGCAGAGAUUGUUUCCUUACCCAUGUGACACACAAGUUCCGGUCAAACAUUGGUAAAUCUAAACUCAUCAGAGACAGAGAUUGUAUCCUCCUUGCAUAUUCUGGUGGACCUUCAUCAUCAGCGUUGCUCCACCUUGUAAAAGAUGGAUUGGAAUUGAGCAAAUUCAAGAAACUUCGAUUUAUUCCAGAAAUCGUUUAUAUUGAUGAGGGAGCAGCUCUUGGUCAGAGCUGGGCACAACGACAAGAGAUUCUGAUUCAAAUUAAAGAAUUCUGCGAACGGAUGGGAAUGCCAUAUUACAUAACAUCUUUAGAACAGGUUUUCUGUCCACCAGAAAAUUCUAAGAUUAAGCUGAAGCUUUAUAAAAAUGGUCAGGGAGAACUCUUACAAGACACUGAAUUAGAAGAGAAAUUAGUAAAUCUUAUAAGGAACACUAAAAGUUCUACUUUUAAGGAACAACUUAUUAGACAUUUACGUAAUGAUUUGUUAGACAGAAUUGCUAGGCUGACUGGAAACAAAAUGAUAAUGGUAGGAACUGGUGAAAACCGUCUUGCUAUUCUGAUGUUAGCUGACAUAGCUCAAGGAAGAGGUGCUCAUAUUUCCCUCAAUGUGGGGUUUUCUGAUGACAGAAAUGAUGACAUUCUGACAGUCCGGCCAUUGAAAAACUUGACCAGUAAAGAGGUGGCCAUGUAUAACAACACCAAUAACAUUACACCUGUUGUAUGCUAUUCCUUGACCACUAUGGGUUCUUGUAAUGCAAGUAUUGAACGGCUGACAGAAAAGUUUGUCACCGAACUCCAUGUUGAAUAUCCAUCAACAGUCUGCAACAUUACUCGGACAAGUGAAAAAUUAGAUGUACAACGAAAUAAUGAAGUACGGUCCAAGUGUACUCUUUGUAAGGGUUGGUUAGAUACUGCUGUCCUUGAAGCAUCUGCUCUCAACGCCCUCCAUUUAUCAUAUAAUCUUUCCAAUGGCAUUCAAGAACAGCAAGUAAAUGGUGAAGGUAACUGCAACAGCAAUGAUGUUGAUAUCUCUGAUCACCUAUGUUUUGGUUGUCGAGCCAUGGCACGAGAAAUGAAUGAACCAGAUCUUUUACCAAUUCAAAUGACUCAACCAAAUAUAAGUUUACUACAGAAAGAUUAUAUCAAAGACUUUCUUCUUGAGCCUUCAAAUGAAAAUAUACUUAACACUGGUGACAGUUGAUGAAAAUUAAACUUUUAUGAUAUUUAAAAAUCUUGAUUAGCAGAGUGAACUAAAUGUGGAGACUAAGAAACACUACUUCAAGCAAUGGGCCCAAAGAAGUGGUUCUUCUAUUUUACAAUUAAAAUAAAUAUUCUAUCA